GAACGCAGGCGCCAUGGGAAGGGAUGGCGGGAGCAUACUGGUUAGGUGCUGGCCCCUGGCCUGAGUUGGUGACGAAGAGCUCGAGCUCGUUAUGAAACAGCGAAAAGGCCAAGGGCCUGGGGGCGGCCGUGGGCACAAGAAGACAGGUUUGAGUGACAUUUCACCAUCUACAAGCCUACCACCUCUGGUAGAAGGCCAGCUACGCUGCUUUCUCAAACUUACCAUUAAUAAAGUCGUAUGGAAGAUUGCAAAGCCUUCCACUUCUGUGCUUGUCCGAGUGAGGUGGUGGGGAGAAACAUCAGAUGGAACCCUCUUUUAUCCCAGGGAUGCACUGCAGACUGAACCAAAAGCUGUGAGAACAACUACCCGGUAUGCCAUUCGUUGCGGUCCAAAGCAGUUUACCUCUUACCUAACAGAUAUGUCUGUGCUGGUGUUGGAAGUAAUCACCAAACUUGAUCAUCUUCCAGUUGGUAGAGUUCUGAUCAAUGGACUCGCUCAGCUUUCUCCAACCCAUCAAAUCAAUGGAUUUUUUACCAUUGUUUCACCAACAUCUAAGAAGCUUGGAGAACUUCAGGUCUCACUUGCCUUGGAGCCUCUGUCAGAAACUUAUGACAGCUACAAUCCUCUUCCUACCACCGACGUGACAGAAAAUAUGCUUUUAUCUGAGCAAGGAUUGAGAGAGAACACUGAAUCCAGCAAUACCCAGUUUCUGAUUGCAUCGAAGUCUUUUGGAGAACCUACUGCCAAAACUGAUAUCAAAGAAUUAGCAGCCAACAGCAACAGCUCAACAACACCAAGGCUACAACAUCAUCUUAAUUCAGGACAAAGUUUGGAGUCUGUGUCUCUGAAAAGCAAAGCGCCACAGAAGCAGAUGUCCCUUCUCGACAGUUCCAAAUUUGAGCCUCAAAUUAGGACAGUAGCCAAGAGUCACAGUGACUCAUGCAUUCCUUCUUCAAACAACCCCCCUACAAAGGACCUUCUUUCAGCUCUGUUAGAACAAGGCAAUAAACUGCGUAAUGCCAUGGUGAUUUCUGCAAUGAACUCGAGCCCGGAUACUAACAUGUUGCUGAACAAAGUUUAUGCUCCUAUAAAGGAAGACUUUUUUAGAUCAUCACAAAUCAGGUCCUCAUCUAAGAAUCAAUUUAAAGACCACAGUGAAGAUCACUUCCUCCCUUUGACUGAGAAUACAUUUUGUAAACUUGACACAAAAGCUGAUAUGAGAGCUAUACAGCUACUAUUAGGCAGUGCUGAAUUGUCCCAAGGUCGUUUCUGGGAUGGCUUAGGCUCUCCUCCAGACUCCCCAGCUCCUGGGAGUGAUGUGUACUGCAGCAGUGACCUGAAUGACCCUCAGUAUGACCAGAGUCUCCUGGAGAACUUAUUCUACACAGAACCUAACUCUGAUGUCAGUGUCAGUGAUUUCCUCAGUGAAGAUGAUGGCACAGAACCUUCCAGAAUAAUGAACCAGUCAAAGGCUUUUGGAAGGUCUUCUAAGGUUGUGGAGCCAAGUGAAUGUAAAUUGAAGAAGAGAGGAGCAGGCAAGAAAAGCCGAAAUUUGGUUGACCAACAGGUGCUCUCAAAGACUCCAGGAAAUACUCAAGUGAUGUCACUCAGUGUGGAUAGACUGGCUCUUCUGGGUAGAACACAUUCAGUCAGAAUCAUCAUUGAAACAAUGGGAGUUCCUCCAGAUAGUCCCCAGAUGACAUCAGGCCGAAAAGCAUUAUCGGAGAGACCACCUAAGCCCACAACAGCAAAAAAGCGCACUUUCUUUGUGGAAUAUCACUUUCCUGUGGGCUUUUCUAAAAGCAGUCUGGGGAAGAAAGCUUUGAUCACUGAGACUGUUCGACUCGCCUCCAGUAAGAUUAUGGACGGAGUGGUGAAAUUCCAGCAGCGAUUUGUGUGUCCAGUACAGUUUGAUGGCUCAAUGAUAGAGCACUGGUGGAAUUCUAACCUCACUUUCCAAAUCUAUGCAAAGAAAACUCCACAGAAAAAGCCAGAAGUCAUUGGAUCUGCAUCACUUUCUUUGCGAGCUGUCAUUCAGUCAGAGCUGCUGUCAUUCAGUGACCAGCUUCCAGUGCAACAAGAAAAUGGUGAGACUUCACUUGGACCUCUGAAGGUAACCAUGGAGCUUGUUAUAAGCAACAAGGAUUACACUGGUGUCAGUGCGAAGUUCAGUAGCAGCACCCAACAUACUCCACUUUGUGUUACUACAAGUCCAGAUAAGAGACUGCCAGAACCAAGUCAAGAUACUGCCUAUACCAAAAGUCCACAGAACUCCAAUCAAAUUUGUGAGGAAACAGCAAAGAAAACACAGAAUUUAGUGCUCCCCAGCCCCAAAUCACCAAACUCUAUAGUCCCAGAUUCUUCAGUCUUCAUGGCUUUUCCAGCUUCUCAUAAUUUGAUACAUCAGAAAAAUGGGUCAACCAAAGAAAAUGCUUUGCUAUUGCAUGUACUGCUGAUGGUGCCAGAUGGGAAAGAUUUUGUCACUGGAGAAUCUGAGAAACAACCAGCAUGCAAUGUUUAUUUAAAUUGCAAACUCUUCAGCACAGAAGAAGUCACCAGAUCUGUCAUCUCAUGGGGUACAACGCAACCAGUCUUUAACUUUUCUCAGGUGAUUCCUGUCUCUUUGUCUUCCAAAUACCUGGAAAGGCUUAAGAACAAUGUGAUGAUAAUUGAAACUUGGAACAAGGUGCAGAGCCCAGGACAGGACAAGCUGCUCGGGCUGGUGAAACUCCCCCUCCAUCAGUUUUACAUGUCAUUCAAAGAUCCCAAGAUUUCUCACCUGCUGCUUGAUGCCAAGUACCCAGUUGUUGCUGUCGACAGCUACAUGCCUGUGAUUGAUGUGUUCUCAGGCCAUCAAAAUGGGAGUCUUCGCGUCUUUUUAGCCAUGGGUUCUUCAGAUCAGAUAACAGCACUGCAAAGAUUAAAGAAUGAAGAAGGAACACUCCCUCCCUUCAGCCCUAGGCCAGUCCAUUUCCUGGACCAGCCACCAGUAGCAUCUGUUGCAAUGGCGGAAAACCAAGGAAAUAGUUUGAUGGAACACCAUUUUGAGUUACAUGUGGUGAUGGUUAAAGGGCUAGCCCCCCUUCAGGCAACAGUCUGGGGAGAAGCAGAUUGCUACGUCCAGUACUACUUUCCCUUUCAAGACUCCCAACCCAGUGUGCUCCAAGGACCUGACUUCCUUGAAAACGGAAUUACUCUGAAGCCCUUCAGAACUUCAACCACACUGUGUGUUCCAGAUCCCAUCUUUAAUAGUGAGCACCAUCACUCUCUCCUGUUGCCAACUGAAGUUCCAGUGCAAAGGCUCCUGCUAAGUGCCUUCUCCUCACAGGGGCUUGUGCCUGGAGAUGGAGUCCAGUUUGAAAUCUGGUGCAGGUACUAUUAUCCUAACGUAAGAGACCAGAUGGUUGCCAGAGGAACCUUGCCAUUAUCAAGGAUCUACGGCAUGGUAACCAUGCAGUACCGUGAAGAUGUGGGAAUGCAGAACUUUAAUCUCCCCUUAACCCCCAGGCUUGAAAACAGCAAAGAAUUGAAGAACCAUUCGGGUUUUCUGGAUGUGGGCCUAAGGUAUAGGCGGAGCCCAAGAACAACGGAGGGAGUUCUUGCUGCCCGGACUGUCUCCAUCUCAGUCCAGAUUAUCAGAGCCUGUGGUCUGCAAGCAGCAGCCAAGGCACUGGCCGAACAGGAACCUGCUCUACAGUUUAGUGCCACAGUUGGAGUCAAUGCCUCUGUCACCAGUCAUCUCUCAUUCCUGCCCAAGGGGGAACAGCGCCGAACCCGCCCUGUGGCCUGUUCCUUCUGCCCUGAGUUCUCCCAUCACAUUGAGUUCCCAUGUAACUUGGUGACUCAGCACUGUAGUGGAGAGGCCUGUUUCUUGGCAGAGCUAUUGGAGUUUGCAGAAAUCAUUUUUGCUAUCUAUCAUGAAAAUACCAAGUCAGUCAGUGAUAUAGCCAGUAUCCAGUCAUGCAGAGAUUAUCUGCUCGGAGUAGUAAAGGUUCCAACAAAAGAUCUGCUGGUCAAGAGAUCUGGGAUCACAGGAUGGUAUCCUGUCAUUUUGCCAGAUGAGAGCCUGCCUCACGGCAUGGAGUUUAUGCAGAAGAUCGUAGGUGGUCUGGAGCUUUCAGUUUCCUUCACCCGUUCUGGAGAUAGAGAGCGGGUACUGGAGGCUGCUGAGCUGUUGGGUUGGAGCUUUGAGAAUAGCCUGAUGGAUCUUGUCCAGAUACAAGAGGUACCAGCCACUAUUACCAUCUCCACUCCAAGACUGUGGCUUCCUGUUCACUGCGUGCUGCUUGCUGGCCACAAGAAUAUUAAUAAGAACACAUACUGCUACCUUCGCUACAAGCUGUACAAUCAAGAAGCCUUUUGGACCCCUCUCAGGAAGCCUAAGGACUCUACAAACAAAAACCAGGUCCUGGUUACUUUCAAGGCAUCCAAAAAAGUAGAAGUCACCCAGAGCCAGUCACUGCUUUGGUACUUAAGGGAGGAGAGGCUGGAGAUCCAAGUAUGGCGAGCUUAUGGCUAUGACAGUGUAGAGAGGCCACACCAGACUGACAGCUGGAUUGGCUCAGCCUACGUAGACCUGACCAGACUUGGGGAAAAGUCAACAAAGACACUUACUGUCAGUGGUGUGUAUCCUCUGUUUGGAAGAAAUGCUUCCGACCUCUCCGGAGCCGCCUUGCGCGUUCAUGUGGUUCUUUCCCCAGUUUCCCCACACACUGAGCCCACUCACGAGCUGGACUCCAUGGACUACAGCAGCCACAGUGAGUCUGAACAGUGCCCCAGAAGGAAUGAUGAGAUCCAGCUCUCGCCACCCAAUGGCUUGCAGAAGUCUCCUGCCUCUACCCAGAUCCCCUGUAACAACACCACAGCUGAAGUGUGCCCAGCCCAGGAGGGGUCUCCUGAGUUGGAUGGAACUUUCACAGUCAGUAUUCUGGUGGAGAGAGCAAUGCACUUGAGCUUGAAAGGGAGCCCCUUGACAGAACGGAAAGUGUCCAUACCCAGUUGCUGUGUAUCCUUCGCUACAGCCACUGAGCCAUCGCCUGUGUAUACCCAUGUGGUUGAAAAUACAGACUCACCCAUCUGGAAUUUUCAACAGCAGUCAAGGCUUUCAAAAGAGCUUCUUCUGGACCCACAGCAAACCCUGGUCUUCAAAGUUUGGCAUAAAGGAGAUGAGGAGAGGGUGAUUGGCUUCGCCUCAGUGGACCUCUCCCCACUGCUCUCUGGCUUUCAGUUUAUCUGUGGCUGGUACAAUAUUAUGGACUUCAGUGGAGAGUGCCAGGGACAGAUAAAAGUUGCUGUGUCCCCUUUGGAGAGUCUGAUGCACUUGAAAGAAGAAAAACAAGCAAGACGUGGAGCGGAGACCCCAGGAUCACUGAUACCAAUGUUCAACUCCUUUUCCUUCCCUCCCUCUAAUAUGUGUGCCACAUUGCCCAGUCCCAUUGCAAGACACGCCCAAGAUCAGCUUGCUCACACUUCUUCAAAGGAGCUUGAUUUCUCCUCUCCUGGAAGAAGCAGUACUAUAAGAAGCCAGGCAUUCCGCCACAAGGAGCAUGUGCAGAAUAUCCGCCGGUUUCAUGAAUUCCUGCAGCAGGGAGAGGCGGUCUCUACAUAUGAUGAGAAACCGACCACAGUGCCAUUGUCCUCCCACACCUCCAUUCUGACUUCUCUCAGGAAGAAUCUGAGUGAGCUAGAUCAGAUCCAGCACUACUUCAGCCAGAAGCUCAGCAAGCCGUUCCUGCCCUUCAGCUCUCAUAGUCCUCCUAUCAUUUCGAAGCACCAGGAGAGCCAUAGGGACCUUAAGGGCUCAGGAUCCAGCAACCUCGACCCUGAGGGCCAGUGCAUCCUGGAAAAAUCCAGUAACCUGGUAUUGCAAGUCAGCUCCUUAAUCUCAGAUCUGCAGACUAUCACCAGAGAGUCUCAAGCAGCUUUGACUUCUCACCAAGCCAGGAGUAGAAGCAGAGAGGUCAUCACCCUCCCAGAUGCUCAGGACACUGAGGCUGUGCAAGACCAAAGCCCCACUCCAGUGGAGUCAUUGGCAAGAGCAGUAGAGGCGAGCACAAAUUCCCCACCUCCCCCUGUUCUUGAAAAGACUUCAAGUGGAGGACGAGUGUUCCAUGAGUCCCUGGGGCAUACAGUACCCGUCACAAAGAUGCAGAGCAGUGAUGACACUGAGGCAGGCCCAGCCUACAGUGAUGAAGACUAUGAAGAAGACAUCAUUGAGCCCAGGACCCUAAAUGAAAUCACCACUGUGACAGACAGAACUAGCCCCUGGUCCAGUUUCAUGUCAGACACAAGUGAAAUCAUCAGCCCUCAGCCCAAUGAGGUACAAAGGGAAGGCCCCAUCUGUCCUCCAGGGCCUUUCACCAGAGAGAAGCUCGAGGUCAGAAGUAGCUUUCUCUCCAGCCCACAAAAGGAAGUGAACGCCCACUUGCCUGGGCAGGGCUCUCCUAGCCAAAGUAUUGCUUGUGAGGGUGGAGCCUCUAAUUCUGGGGUUAGAGAGCCCACCUCAACACACUCAGGAGCUCAACAAAACAAUGUUUUUGUUGAUAAGCCACAGCUUAUCCCACACCUAACACACUCAGGAGCUCAACAGAGCAAUGCUUUUGUUGAAUGGAGCUCACUACAGGCAGAUCAGGACAAGAAGGUCAUGCCAGAGGUCCAGGCUGAGAGUGAAGCUUCCUCUAGUGAGCUCAGUGACUCUGCUGAUUGCUUUGAGAUGCUCUCUUUACACCUUCCGUCGCAAAGCAAAAAGGAAAACCUCAAAGAGCCACCCAGAAACUCCCCUGCCAUCAGGCAGAAGCAGGUGACAACUGUAUCAGAGGUGUCCACAAGGCAGAACCUCCUUCUCCCAGAACCUGUCGUGGUGCCCAACUUCUUUUUGCCUCCCCAGCAGUUGGAGGCCUCUCUGCAGAUGCUCUCACACUCCCCAGCUUUGCCACCACCAGCCACAGCAGACAAGGACAAGAGUGAAGCCACCAAGGGAGCCCUCUUCCAGAGACCUUGUCGCCCCAGACCUAACUCGCUUCCUCCCAACCUGCCUGAGGAAGAAACUCGAAGGAUUGCGCGAAUAUUUUCGUCCCGGUACUCUAAGACUGAUGAAGCGUGAGGGACUAAUGGAAGGGGCUACUAGCCAACCUCCCUCAGCUUUGUGCAGCUUGCAAAAGGCACCAAGUCUGCUUCCUUCGGGCCCUGAGGCCACUACCAGCCUAAUCCACAGGCACUUUGAGACCCAAUCAGCCAGGACUAGAGGAGUGUCCCAAAUCACCUGUAUCCAGGACCUCAACUUCUUUAAUGAAGCAAAGGCUAGAAAUAAAAUGGAUCCCAGUGCCCAAGUGGCCUAAGCAGGCAUCUCUGAGCAGAGAAACUCCUCCAGUGUCUUUGACACAACCUGCUGCUCACCAGAGCCCCCUGCCCCCUGCCUAAAUAAGGCAGAGUUUUUUUCUUUUUUUCUUUUUUUUUUUUUUUUGCCUUAAAUAGUAGAGCCUGGGGAAGGAGAAAUGUGUGCAUAGCUAAGAAAAUCCCAGGGACCUGCCCUGCUCAUCUGAUUGGAAAUGAGGGUGCCUUAUAAAUUAUUCUUACGCUAUGUUGAAUUAAUCGAAGAGGAGGAAAUCACCCUCCUUUAAACUGUAUAUUUGAUUAUCUAAAUCUAACCAUGUUUUUAACUUAUUGUUUUUACUCAGCUCUGAAAUUCACUGUUCUUACCUGUGUUUGAAUAAAAUGCUACUGGUAUU